CCACAUAAAUCAGAUCUCUUUCUCUCUCUCUCUACUAAAAGGUUCUUGGUUCUAGCAUCGAAACAUAAGCAGCACAACACGUGUUUAAUGUUUCUAUGCUCAAACAAAGAACUGCCAUGGUGAAUCUCUGAUCGAGCUCUGCAAUUCGAGCCGGCGGUGGCAAUUGUAGCUUUUCAUGCAGUUUUACUGCUCUGAAACUCUAAACUUGUCAAGCUGGAGCAGUUGAAGACUAUCGGUAGGGAGCUCGCCAUGGGCUCCCAAGGUGGUUGGGGCCAACCCAAGGAGUUCUUGGAUCUCGUCAAGUCAAUUGGCGAAGCUCGAUCUAAGGCAGAAGAGGAUCGAAUCGUCAUGAGCGAGAUCGAGAUUUUGAAGCGGCGAAUCACGGAGCCGGACAUACCUAAGCGGAAGAUGAAGGAAUACAUUAUCCGUCUCGUCUAUGUUGAGAUGUUAGGGCAUGAUGCAUCGUUUGGUUACAUCCAUGCGGUUAAGAUGACACAUGAUGAUUCUCUACUGCUCAAGAGAACUGGAUACUUGGCUGUAACGCUAUUCCUCAAUGAGGAUCAUGAUCUCAUUAUUCUCAUUGUCAAUACUAUUCAGAAGGAUUUGAAAUCGGAUAAUUAUCUUGCUGUUUGUGCUGCAUUGACGGCGGUGUGCAAGCUAAUCAACGAAGAGACAAUUCCUGCGGUUCUUCCGCAGGUGGUCGAGCUUCUUGGGCAUCCCAAGGAGGCAGUGAGGAAGAAGGCAAUCAUGGCUCUUCAUCGGUUUUAUCAGCGAGCACCUUCAUCUGUUACUCAUCUCCUCUCCAAUUUCAGGAAGAGGCUCUGUGAUAAUGAUCCUGGGGUCAUGGGUUCAACACUUUGCCCGCUUUUUGAUCUUAUUGCAGCUGAUGCAAAUUCUUACAAGGAUUUAGUUAUCAGCUUUGUAAGUAUUCUCAAGCAAGUAGCCGAACGCAGAUUGCCGAAGAGUUAUGAUUACCAUCAGAUGCCAGCCCCAUUCAUUCAGAUCAGAUUGUUGAAAAUUUUGGCAUUGCUCGGUAAUGGUGACAAGCAAGCAAGUGAACACAUAUAUACUGUUCUGGGGGACAUAUUUAGGAAGUGUGAUUCAUCAAGCAACAUCGGGAAUGCUGUUCUAUAUGAGUGCAUAUGUUGUGUUUCCUCCAUACACUGUAGCCCCAAAUUGCUAGAAUCUGCUGCAGAAGUAACUUCUCGAUUUCUGAAGCAGAGUGAUAGUCAUAAUCUAAAGUAUAUGGGCAUUGAUGCCCUUAGUAGACUUAUAAAGAUAAACCCAGAGAUCGCUGAGGAACACCAGCUUGCUGUGAUUGACUGCUUAGAGGAUCCAGAUGAUACCCUAAAGAGGAAGACUUUUGAACUGCUUUAUAAAAUGACCAAGUCUUCCAAUGUGGAAGUGAUAGUUGAUCGCAUGAUUGAGUACAUGAUAAGCAUUAAUGAUAAUCACUACAAAUCAGAAAUAGCAUCACGAUGUAUUGAACUUGCAGAGCAGUAUGCGCCUAGUAACCAAUGGUUUAUUCAGACCAUGAAUAAGGUCUUUGAGCAUGCAGGCAAUCUUGUCAAUGUUAAGGUGGCACAUAAUUUAAUGCGGCUAAUUCCUGAAGGAUUUGGGGAGGAUGAUGAAGGUGCAGAUAGUCAACUGCGAUCCUCUGCUGUAGAGUCUUAUCUACGCAUUAUUGGAGAGCCAAAGCUGCCGUCUUUGUUUUUGCAAGUAAUUUGUUGGGUCUUGGGGGAAUAUGGAACUGCAGACGGAAAGUUUUCUGCUUCCUAUAUCACUGGGAAGUUAUGUGAUGUGGCAGAGGCUCAUCCAAGUGAUGUCAUUGUCAAGGCAUAUGCAGUGACGGCAAUUAUGAAGAUAUGUGCAUUUGAAAUUGCAGCAGGAAGGAAAGUGGAUUUGUUGCCUGAGUGUCAGUCACUGGUUGAUGAAUUAUCAGCAUCUCAUUCAACAGACUUACAGCAGCGUGCAUAUGAACUACAAGCUGUCUUGGGCUUAGAUGCUCGUGCUGUUGAGAGUAUAAUGCCAUCUGAUGCAAGUUGCGAAGACAUUGAGGUAGAUAAAAGCCUUUCGUUCCUUAAUGGUUAUGUUCAGGAGGCAUUGGUAAAAGGAGCUCGGCGUUACAUCCCUGACAGUGAGCGAUCUGGAUUGUCUAAUAUUAAUAAUUUUAGAGGUCAAGGCCAUCAUGACUCUUCCACUCAUGGUCUAAGGUUUGAGGCUUAUGAACUUCCAAAACCUUCUGUGGCAUCAAGACCUCAACCAGUUCCGCUAGCAGCCUCAAAGGAACUUGUUCCAGUGUCUGAACCAACUUAUCCUCAAGAAAUCCCUCAAGCUGCAUCAGUGCCAUCUGUCUCUGAAACCGGAUUAACUGAACUCAAGCUUCGACUUGAUGGGGUUCAAAAGAAGUGGGGUAGGCCAACUUAUUCCCCUACUGCAGCAUCAACCUCUAAUUCUAGUUCCCAGAAAACGGUGAAUGGGGACACACAACUUGUUGUACAGGGAGCUGUUAGCUCACAAACUCGUGAUGUUUCUUAUGAUUCAAGGAAAUCGAAGGUUGAAAUUUCGACUGAAAAGCAGAAACUUGCUGCAUCCUUAUUUGGGGGUUCGUCAUCAAGGACUGAGAAAAGACCAACAUCUACUAGCCAUAAGACUACUAGAGUCCACAGCACUGCUGUGGAGAAGUCACAAAUGCCAACUGCAACAGAUGCAUCUACUGAACAUGUUGCAGAGAAGAAGGUUCCUCAACCACCUCCCCAGAACUUGCUUGAUUUGGGAGAACCCACUCCAGUGGGUAACACUCCAUCCAUGGAUCCAUUUAAGCAACUGGAAGGACUGCUUGGGCCUUCUGAUGUCUCUUCAGUAGGCAAUUCUGUAGUUGGUGCUUCUGAGUCUUCUGAUAUUAUGUCACUCUAUGUUGAAAGACCCAUUAAUGGGCUGGGUGGUACUGUAGCAAAUAUUGCACCAACUAUUAUGGAUUCUAUCAACCUCAUGUCGGGCAUGUCCUAUGCAGCCAACAGGAAUGUUCAUGGAGGAUCUGCAGCUGCACAGAUGGCACCUGUGAAAAAAGGCCCAAAUCCCCAAGACUCCCUUGGAAAGGAUGCACUUGCGAGGCAGGUCGGUGUAACACCUUCAGGUACAAACCCAAACUUGUUCAGGGACCUGCUGGGCUAGAGCACGCGGAAUUGAUCAUGCAGUUUGUCUAUGGUUGUGAGUGUUUUAGAAAGCUUUCAUUUUGAGUAAUUGCUUCCUGAUUCUGGUGUGGAUUGUUCGUGCGGCUCAUCUUGGGGGGAAAGCAAAUAUUCUGUUGGUAGAGCUAUUGGGGCAUGGGGCACAAGUGCAGAAAUACUUUGUGGAUUUGAUUCAAAUGUGGAUGCGAGGAGGCACAGCGGAUGCAAGCUGGUUUUGUAUUUUUAUAUAAUUAUUAUGUAGUUUUGUAGUAAUAGAGGAGUGAUGAUGGGUGGAUGUACAUUGUUUAUUGUUUAGCAUAUCAAUUGGAACGAGUUAUACGAAACUGUGUAUGCAUCAUCUUUAGAAUUAUAGGGCUCUCUCUUGCAUCAUCAUUAUGGGAACAGUACUGGUGGAAUGAACUGUUUUACUGCUGAGAACUCUUCAUUGUUAUUUUUAAAAUUGUUUCAAUAAUGGUGUAUCAGUGCAUCUUUCUAUUCA